GAGACACCUCUGAUGUGAGGAACGAGAGAAAGCAGAAAUGCUCCACUGACCCACUUACUGCAGGGAAACCCAGCAGAGGAAAGCAGGCUUAGUUUUGGGAUCUCCUCCAUGGCAGUUUCUCUACUCUGAUGCUAGGACACCAAGACCUGUCACAUGGAUGCUUCUGCACACACUGGGACUGUCACCAAAGGGGUCACUGUCCCUGUUGCACUCCUGCUGCCCUGUGACAUGAUUUACGGGACACUUCCCCACCUCACUCAUCCAGGGGAUGCUGGGACCAUGCAGGGCGUUCCUCCUCAUCUUCCUGCCUCCGUGAGCCAAGGGACAACCACGUGGGAGCGUGUGUGCCUGAGCACACGUGUGUGCAUUGGACCCUGGAAAAAGAGGAGCAGCUGGUGGGAAGGGAACUCCAGGGAUCAUCCCAACCCACUCCCUCCCAUGUGGCUUGAGGCAAGGUUGUGUGGCCAAACCAUCACUGUUUGGGCAUCCCAGAGACAGGGAUAAGUCACAUGUGUACAUCUGCAUCCCUGGCAACCUGCUCUGCUUCUCUUCAGAGGUGACAGAGAAGGUGAGACCAGGCAAAGACCACACCUAAAUUCUGCUGCCUCUGCAACCCUCCCUUUCCUCCUCUUGCUCCCAGACAGGAGCCAGGACACUGAGCCAGCGGAACUUACCGCUGUGCUUGCCCUCCCUUUCCUUUUGUUUUUUCCUCUCCUCCUGCCACUGCCAGAGGAAGAGCAGGAGAGUCCACCAGUCACAGACUGCUCUUUGCACAAACCUGCUCAAGCCAUUCUCCUCCUGACAUCUUUGAGAAACUCUUCAGUGCUCCGAGUGAGUCUGUGGGUGCCGGCUUUAAUCAUCAUCUCCGGUGGAUUACAACAGCUGGAUGAGAAGAUAAAGGCUUUUCUCUCCUCUCUUCUUUCUCAUUCCUUCCUUUUCACUUUUCCUCCUGAAGUCAGAGCAGUUCCCAGCCAGGAGGCAUGGUGCUGGUGGGAGCCCUGUGCAGCCUUCUGCUCCUCUGCCUGGUUGAGGAGGGCAUCAGCAAAGUGAGAAGAUACUACAUUGCUGCAGUGGAAACCACCUGGGACUACACACACAGCGACCUGCUGUCCGUGCUGCAAGCACCUGCAAGCAUUUUGGGGCAUGCAGGCCCACGUCCCCCCCCGGCCGGUGUCCCUCCCCGGUACAGGAAAGCUGUUUUUGUGGAGUACCCCGAUGGCUCCUUCACACAGCCCAAGCUGAAGCCAGCCUGGAUGGGCCUUCUAGGCCCCACCAUCCGAGCAGAAGUCCAUGACACAGUGGUCAUCACGUUUAAAAACCUGGCCUCCCGCCCCUACAGCCUCCACGCUGUCGGCGUGUCCUACUGGAAGGCGUCGGAAGGAGCAGGGUAUGAGGAUGAGACCAGCCAGCCAGAGAAGGAGGGGGACAGGGUGGAUCCUGGGAAGACACACACAUAUGUCUGGGAAAUCCAGGAAAACCAGGGCCCGACGGACGACGACUCAGCGUGCCUGACCCACUCCUACUCCUCCAACACCAACAGCGUGAAGGACAUCAACUCUGGUUUGAUUGGAGCCCUGCUGGUGUGCCGACCUGGGACCCUGGCGAGUGAUGGGAAUGAGAGCCUGCAGAAAGAGUUUGUGCUGCUCUUCGCAGUGUUUGAUGAAGGGAAAAGCUGGUACUCUGAGCAGGGUUCCCCAGCAGCUGCUCAGCCCCAGGCUCCCAACAGGACAGAGCUGCACACCAUCAAUGGCUACAUCAAUGGCUCACUGCCUGGUCUCACACUGUGCCUCAAGAAGCAGGUCCACUGGCAUGUGAUCGGGCUGGGCUCUGGGCCAGAAGUCCACUCCAUCUUCUUUGAAGGCCACACAUUCCUGGUGAGAAGCCACCGUCUCAGCAGCCUAGAAAUCUCCCCUGCCACAUAUCUCACAGCCCAGACCAUGCCAGGAACAGCUGGCUGGUUUCGGAUGUUCUGCCAGAUACUGUCCCAUCAGCAAGUUGGCAUGGAGGCCUUUGUGAAGGUGGAGGAGUGUCCUGAGGAACGCCUGCUGAAGAUGGGGAAGCAGUUAAACGAGCCAGAGGACCUGGAUUACCCUGAGGAAGAUGAGGAGACUUAUCACGUGAUCCAAGUGCGCUCUUUUGCCAAAGACAGGCCCAUGACCUGGACUUACUACAUUGCAGCUGAGGAGAUGGACUGGGACUAUGCCCCUGUGAAGCCAGUGUCUCUGGACAGAAGCAUGGCGAGCCUGUACCUGGAGGCUGGCCCACAGCGGGUCGGUUCAAAGUACAAGAAAGUGGUGUUUGUGGAGUAUGAGGAUGCAACCUUCAAGAAGCGCAAGGUGUCCAGCCAGCAGGACAAGGGAAUUCUGGGGCCUGUCAUCAAGGGGGAGGUGGGAGAUCAGUUUAAGAUCGUGUUCAGGAAUCUAGCCAGCCGACCCUACAACAUCUACCCUCAUGGCCUCACCAGCGUCAGGCCCUACUAUGCCAUGAGACCCUCACAAGAGAAAGAUGUGAAGGAUAUUGCUAUUGCCCCUGGGAAGUCGUUCACCUACAGCUGGAGCCUCACCACUGAGGAUGGCCCAACGGAGGCAGAUCCUCGCUGCCUCACCCGUUUCUACUACAGCUCCAUCGACCCCGUCAGAGACACAGCCUCAGGACUCAUUGGGCCCCUCCUCAUCUGCUCCAAGAAGUCCAUGGAUCAGAGGGGGAAUCAGAUAAUGUCAGACAACAUGAAGUUGGUGCUGUUUUCAGUCUUCGAUGAGAACCACAGCUGGUACCUGGAGGAGAACAUCAAGAGGUUCUGCUCUGAUGCAGCCCAUGUGGAUACCCAGGACCCCCAGUUUUAUGCCUCCAAUGUGAUGCACACUAUUAAUGGCUUUGUAUUUGACAACCUGCAAACAAAACUCUGCCUGAACGACGUUGUGUACUGGUAUGUCCUGAGUGUUGGGGCCCAAACAGAUUUCCUCUCCAUCUUCUUCUCUGGAAACACCUUCAAGCACAACAUGGUCUUUGAGGACGUGCUUACUCUUUUCCCGUUUUCUGGAGAAACAGUCAUCAUGAGCUUGGAAAAGCCAGGUGUCUGGACACUGGGGUGCCUGAAUCCUGAUUUCAGAGACCGAGGGAUGCAUGCCAAGUUCACGGUCUCGCAGUGCCAGUAUGAGCAAGACACUGAUGGGGAAGAUUAUGUGUAUCCUGAUGAGGAGGAGGCUGCCUUUGUAUUCCAACCCAGGGGCUUCUCUAAAAGAAAGAAGUCAUGUGUGAAUGAGCAACUGAACAACAUCACCUCUUCCAGAAAUGAGAUAGAGAAGACAAGAUUGUGCCUGACAGAACAUGGGGCCCUCCUGAGCAAUGGCAGCACUUCUGAUCUCUCUUCCAAUGGCACAUCAACAUUUUUAGGAACAAUGCCAAAUCCACAUGAUAUUUCCAUGUCUCUGCCAGAGACGAACUAUGACCCAGUGUCCUAUGAGUCCUUCCUGGAAGAUGAAGAAUUGUCAAAAAUCAUCAGCCAGGAUGAAGGGUUUGGAGCAGUCCCACCUGGAGAACCCUUGGUGAGUGUCAGUGGAAGGGUCCAUGGUACUGUGAGCUCAGAUGAAGAUCAGCAAUGGCUGCACCAAGCCACAGCAGUUCCAGGAGAUGCUCUGGCAGGAAUGACAGUGACAAAAAUCCCAGAGCUGCAGGAGCCAGUAAAAGGAAUGACAGUCCAGUCUGGUGGUAGGAUAGAGAACCUGGAAGCAGAGCCUCAAAAGACAGCUACUCAUGCAACAAGCUUGUGGGACUCCAUUGCUUAUGCUGCUGGCAAAGCCCCUCUUCAGGAGAACAGGAGCUCAACUCACCAGAAUGAUCUGGAGCACAACCUGGCACUUCAAGAUGUGUCUUCACAGGGUAAUGAGACCAAGCAGCUAAAAGGGGCUGAUAAAAUAUCCUUUAACCUGUAUGACUCAGAGGAGACAAUCAGUACAGCCCUGUCUUUAAGUAUUGAUCACAACUCUUCCUCCACAUUGAACAAUCCUUCUGCAUCUCCAGAUGAGACAGAAGAUAAUAGGACUUCUCAUGCUGUGGUUCACAGUCACACCAUAGAAAGCAAUUAUUCAUCAAAUGACCUAGAUGCUAGGUUAGAAAAAAGGCCUCACAAAGUGGUUUCACAAGACUUUUACGAAACUUUUGAAGAGCAAAAUGUUUCAUUGUCAGACAAAUCUGUACCAGGAGAAACCUUCACAGAUGAGAGCAACUCCUUGCCUGUGAAAAGUGGCACAGAAAAAGCCAGUGGACUUGCCAAAGGCCUUCUAGAUACCACCUUUGUAGACACCAAUGACCUUGAGCCAUCCAGCUAUGUAAUGACAGAAGAGAAGGAUGAAGUAAUUUUGAAAGAAGUGUUUCAGGAUGCUAAGGAAUUAGCAGAGCUGGACAAUAUUGCCUUUUCUGAAUCAAAUGUUGUGACCAAUGACACCAGGCCAUUCCCAAAUGGCUUAUUAAAGAGCUCUGAGCAGUUUCUGAGACACAGAGUUACAGCCAGAAGCCCUGACUGGAGACCUAGACAAGCCAGGUCACUGGAGAGCAGAGGUUUGGGUCUUCCCAACACCAGCAGCAGAAAGCCCCUCUCUGGUGGUAAGACAGCAGAGCAGGUUGUGGCCAGCCAGCCCCCUGAGACAGCAGUGAAAAAGGAAGCCCCAAAGGCGUGUGGACCUCAUUCCCCAUUUUGCAUCACUCGCUUCAAGAAGAGGUCCUUGGUAUCAAGCGACACCUUGCCUGACGUGAUGGCAGCCCCACAAAGCCUGGAAGAAAGAUCCAACAUGGUUGAGAGGAGGCUACACCCAGGCAGGGAUGCUGUACAGGCUGAUGGGAUGUAUCCUGGGGGCAGGCUGAGCACAGACAGGGGCGUGCAGGGCAGCAGAGACUCCCUCCCCUCACGGGGAGCACUGGGAACAGGACCAGCAGUGGCAGAGAGCAGCUCAGAAAGGCAGGUCACUGCUGAGGCUGCAGACCUGGCCUCAAACUGGGACCCAGUCUCCCCAGGGGCUGUGGUGAACACGGGGGACGUGCACAGCCCAGCUCUGGCAGAGCUGCAGCCAGGCAGAGCUGCAGUGUGGGGGGCUCCUGGGAGCGAGCAAGCUCAGGGGAGAAGCCACAUGGAGGAGGAGACAAACUCUGUGGAGCAGCUGGGUCUGUCCAGUCCUGAGCCUCAGCAGCUCAAGGCCAAUGCCACAGAGGACCAUGUGCCUGGGAGAAUGUCUGGGCAAAGCCCAGAAGGAGCAUCUCUGAAAUUAGCCAUCAGAGAGAACUGUUCACUGUCUCCAAAUAGUCCCCCUCACAACAACAACAGCACCAAAAAGCCAGCAGAGUAUGUGCAGGACACUCCUCAUGGAUGUCAGGUGCUCGGCAGGGAAGAUGUCCUUAGAGAAACAGGGAGGACAGAGGGCCAGGGCCUAGGAGAGCCCAAGGAGGAUGGGGAAAGCAACAGCACAGCUGGGGAGAGGAGCCACAUCCCAGGACAAAGGGAGGAACCGGCCCUGAACAAUGGGACACGUUCCAGCCCCUUAAAGACUGCCAGGACUGACUACGAUGAGUACAGUGACACAGAGCAGACCAUGGAGGACUUUGACAUGUAUGGGGAAGAGGAGCAUGACCCACGCUCCUUCCAGGGGGAGAUACGGCAGUACUUCAUUGCAGCAGUGGAGGUGAUGUGGGAGUAUGGGGACCAAAGACCCCAGCACUUCCUAAAAGCAACGGACCCCCGGAGGAGCAGGGGGAAGCACUCCUGGCAGUACCGCAAGGUGGUUUUCCGAGAGUACCUGGAUGAUUCUUUCACGCAGCCGGUGCAGCGGAGAGAGCUGGAUGAACACCUGGGCAUCCUUGGGCCCUACAUCAGGGCAGAAGUUCAAGAUGUCAUCAUGGUGACCUUCAAGAACCUGGCCUCACGGCCCUUCUCCUUCCACUCCACACUGACAGCCUAUGAGGGCACAACGCAGCAGGGUGGGGUGGUGCAGCCUGGUGGCCACCAGAAAUACUCCUGGAAAGUCCUGCCCCAGAUGGCACCAACCACGCAGGAGUUUGACUGCAAGGCCUGGGCUUACUUCUCCAAUGUGGAUCUGGAGAAGGACCUGCACUCAGGCCUCAUCGGGCCACUGAUCAUCUGCAACCAUGGGGUGCUGAGCUACGCUUCCAGGAGGCAGCUGGCUGUGCAGGAGUUCUCCCUGCUCUUCACCAUCUUUGACGAGACCAAAAGCUGGUACUUCCUGGAGAACGUGGACAGAAACUGCCGCCCUCCCUGCAGGCUCCAGCAGGACAGCCCUGACUUCAAGAGAAACCACUCCUUCCAUGCCAUCAAUGGCUAUGUGAGUGACACCCUGCCUGGGCUGGUGAUGGCCCAGCAGCAACGGGUCCGAUGGCACCUCCUGAACAUGGGCAGCACUGAGGACAUCCACUCUGUUCACUUCCACGGGCAGCUGUUCAACGUCAGGACCAGCCAGGAGUAUCGCAUGGGAGUCUACAACCUUUACCCUGGUGUCUUUGGGACAGUGGAAAUGUGGCCCUCACAUGCUGGCAUCUGGAGGGUGGAGUGCAAAGUGGGAGAGCACCAAGAAGCCGGAAUGAGUGCCCUCUUCCUUGUGUAUGACCUGAACUGCCAGAACGCCCUGGGUAUGGCCUCAGGUGGCAUUGCAGACUCUCAGAUCACAGCCUCGGGGCAGUAUGGGCAGUGGGCUCCUUACCUGGCCAGGCUGGACAACACCGGCUCCAUCAACGCUUGGAGCACUGACCGCAGCAAUGCCUGGAUCCAGGUGGAUCUUUUGCAUCCCACCAUUAUUCAUGGCAUAAAAACCCAAGGGGCUCGACAAAAGUUCUCCAGCUUCUACAUCUCCCAGUUUGUUGUGUUCUACAGCCUUGAUGGGCGAAGGUGGAAGACCUACAAGGGGAAUGCCACAAGCACACAGAUGCUGUUCUUUGGAAACGUGGAUGCAACUGGAGUGAAAGAAAACCGGUUCAAGCCCCCAGUGGUAGCCCGGUACAUCCGCAUCCACCCCACCCACUACAACAUCCGAGCCACGCUGCGCAUGGAGCUCCUGGGCUGCGACCUCAACAGCUGCUCCAUACCCUUAGGAAUGGAGAACAGAGGGAUCCCUGAUGAGCACAUCUCUGCGUCCUCCCACAGCGCCAACGUCUUCUCCAGAUGGACACCAGCCCUGGCCCGCCUGAACCUUCAGGGCAGGACCAACGCCUGGAGGCCAAAGAGCAACAGUCCCAGAGAGUGGCUGCAGGUGGACUUCGAAGUAACCAAGAAGGUGACUGCAAUCAUUACCCAAGGUGCCAAAGCUCUCUUCACCCAGAUGUUUGUGAAGGAGUUUGCUGUCUCCAUCAGCCAGGAUGGUGUGCACUGGAGCCCAGUCCUGCAAAAUGGCAAGGAGAAGAUUUUCAAGGCAAACCAAGACCAUCAGAGCACAGUGACGAAUACCCUGGAGUCCCCUCUCUUUGCCCGCUAUGUGAGGAUACACCCCCGCCAGUGGCACAACCACAUUGCCCUGCGAAUAGAGUUCCUUGGCUGCGACACUCAGCAGGAGUACUGAUGGCUGCAGGGCCAGGGAGAGGCACUGCCAGCCCAAGGACACACAUCCCACCAGGCACUGAGCCCUCCCCAGGGCUGGAGCCAUUCCUCCAGGGGCCUGGCUGCUCCUGCUGCUGGGGAAGAGAAGGGCUGCAGAAGUGGCUGGGUCAUUAUCUGCCUUUUCCUGUGUCUGCCAGAUGCCAUAUACUCAGAUGUAAUGAUGAAGAAUUAAACAGUAAUUUUCCAGUA